AUGCGGUUCCCCCUCCGCGGAGACAAGUCCGAAGCAGAGUCCUGGACAUUCUUGCGAUCACUUUGGGGUAGACAGGAACUUCGCGGAACAGUCUGCUGCGAGUGUCGCGAGGCGAUUGAUAUUGACAAGGCGUUUGCACGCACGUUCAGCCUUGUUGAUAAGAUCAGGGGCAAAUCACCCGCUCUUCCAUGUGCAAAAGAGGUAGAAGCACCCCAAGUGCAGCGCACCAUACAGAUCUUCCACCGACAUCUGGAGUGUCUUUACAAGACCACGCCAUUCGUGGCCAUCUCCCACGUCUGGGGGCGACCAAUUGCCAAGCUCCAACACAAGCGCAAGCAGAGUGAUGUGUCCACAGUCGAAGUCGAAACCCUUGUGCGGAGUCUUCCUGCACAGAUUGCUGUUGCUUUGGAAGAUGGGUUGCCUGCUGGAGAGAAGCCGUUCGAAAUAUGGCACGACUACAUUUCUGUGCCGCAGUGGUCAAACAAGGUGAAGACGGCAAUCAUCCUCAAGAUCUCUGAGCUUAUCAAGCGGGCGAAGAUGACCGUGGUCUAUCUCAAUGAUGUCGAUCCCUCUGCUUUCGACGCCAUGCGCUCGGGUGCAUCCAAAGAGGAGCGUUGCCGGGGCAUCGGUCAAAUCUGCGAUGCGGAAUGGUACAGUCGAAUGUGGACGACAAUGGAGCACACGGAGAGCGCCAACAUGAUGGUCUUAGCCAAAGGAUUCAGGCCCGUCGCGCCGGAUGGAUUUGGUCGUGCGCUGAUUGAGGAGCUCAAAGACCGUUGGCGAGACGAGUCGAGGGCCCAUGGCAGCGGUCGGGAGCUGGAAGAGAUUGUCUGGGCCAACAAAGGUUUGGUGCCAUGGACCUUGGGCACAAUCGACUCGAUUCGCUCCGGUGCAUUGGCAGGCAGGCGACCAAAUUUUGGCCAUGUUCAUGGAGAUCUUUCAUGGAGAAGAGUGACCGUGCCGAAAGACUUUUUCUAUGCCUUUGAGGGUAUGCUCAAGACUGGAUACCAGCUCGGGACGGCGAUUGAGCGCAAUCCAAAAGACGUAAUGCAUGGGAUGGCAAUGCGUGCGAUCCUUUCAGGCGACCUUAGCCCUCUCUUCAUGGUUCCUGCUCAUGCUAAGACAGGAUUCCAUCUGGGCAGGGGCUAUGUCGAUCACAACACUUGGGGCCUGGACGCCGAAGACAAACCGCAUGAAUGCACAACGAUCAAGCCAGGCACCGGCCCACGACAAGUCGUGGUGUCGGCCGAGGAGGUUGGAGUGUUCUGGUACGCCAGGCGCUUCCAUUGGGUCGGCCAUACCCUAGGUGCUUCUAUCAGGAUGGCCCUGGAUGCUUCUGGUCUGGACGUCGACGCCUACGUGGAUACACAUGGGGUACGUCUGUACGGACAAAACAGAGACGCUAUCCAGAUGCGCCUCGCCCAGGAUGGCCGACGCAGUCAACUUCGGGAGCAGCUUUGCCAAUUCUACGACAACAUCGAAGGACCCCACAACGGUCCUAUCGUAGAUCGAAUUGCCGAUUUGAUCGACUUGUCCAAUACGUCGCUCGGAGGAGCAUAUGGAGUAGCAGCAACACCCAUCGGUACCCUUGAAUACCAUGGAAACACCCUUCACCAUGGAAAGGCAGGUGCCAUUGUAGGAAUGAAAUGCAUGAAGUGUCAGCGCAUAUUCUUAUUGCGCAUACUUUUGUAUCAGCCAAUCUCGACAUUACUAGGCGUAAAAGCUUACCGCAUACCGGGCCUGAAGUAUCGAUACUCGCAUGCAGGAGGUAUGGGAAUAUUGUUGAUAAGACAUAAGAUUGUGGGACGGUUCGUUUGGGGAACACCGACAUGUGCUUGCCCAAAGAUGACGGAGAUCGAGGUCGCCAUAGACGACCUGCCUAUGCCGAGACCCAACAACAGCAGAUAUAAAUAG